GCGGGCGGGGCCGCCGCUCCUCGCACAAAGCCGUGAGUGCCGCGGGGACCGCACCGGCACCGCCCCGAUGUGAGCGGGGCAUGGCCGCGGGGCAUGGCCCGGGGCGGGCGGCGGCGGGCGCGGAGCGCCGGCGGUGAAGAUGGAGCCGCGUCCGCCUGGGACCGAGCCCCCGCUACCCCGGGGGCCGGGACCGGGGCCCGAGCCGGAGCUCGAACUGGAGCCGCAGCUGGACCUGGAACCGGAGCCGGACCUGGACUUGGAACGGGAACCGGAGCCCAAGCUGGACCUGGAACCGGAACCGGAGCCCGAGCUGGACCUGGAGCCCGAGCUGGAACCGGAGGCGGACCCGGAGCCGGAGCUGGAUCUGGACCUGUGGGCACUUGAGCCCGCCGCUCCCGGCGCGGGGCCGCCGCCCUGGUGCCCGGGGGAGGCCGGGGGCAGCCCGGGCCCGGGGGACCCCGCCGAGCCCCCGCCGGAGGAGGAGCCGCGCCUCCGCCCGGUCUUCGACGCCCUGGACCGCGACGGCGAUGGCUUCGUACGCGUGGAGGAGUUCGUGCAGUUCGCCACGGCCUACGGCGCCGAGCAGGUAAAGGACCUAACAAAAUACCUGGAUCCCAGUGGAUUGGGAGUUAUCAGCUUCGAGGAUUUCCAUCGGGGGAUCAGAGCCAUCAAAAAUGGAGACCCUGACAGCCAGCUGUAUGAUAUGGGAUAUACCCCCGAGGAGGAAGCCCCGGCCUGUCCCGAUGAGUUUGAUGACUUCGUCACGUUUGAGGCAAAUGAGGUGACUGACAGUGCCUACAUGGGCUCGGAGAGCACCUACAGCGAGUGCGAGACCUUCACGGAUGAGGACACCAGCACCCUGGUCCAGCACGAGAUGCACGACGAGGUGGAGACCGACAGCGCCAUCGACUCCACCGUGCACUCGGAAUUCACGGAUCCCAUCGAGGAGCCGGAGCAUGGAUCCCAUCCCCACGAGCUGGGCUCCGAGCUCAGCCACUCCAUCGUCACCGUCAUCAGCGGGGAGGAGCAUUUCGAGGACUACGGGGAGGGCAACGAGGCCGACCUGUUCCCAGACCCUCUGUGUAAUGGGGAAAGCAGCUUCAGCAGCUCCUCCUUCCUCUCGCCCAGCACCAAUCCGCUCGCUGCGAAACUGCACAGCAUUCUCGCAGAUGAAGCUUUUGAGUUUUACUGUAGCCAGUGCCACAAACAAAUCAACCGCCUCGAGGAUCUUUCUGCUCGCCUGAAUGAUCUUGAAAUGAAUAGCCCAAAUAAGAGACUCUCCAGCAAGAAGGUGGCAAGGCAGCUGCACCAGACGAGCUCGCUGGCCGCAGGUGUGAUGGAGGAAUCCUACCGGGAGAACCUGGAGUGCACGGAUGAGGACAUCACGGACAAGGUGGUGUUCCUGGAGAAGCGUGUGACAGAGCUGGAGAAGGACACGGCUGCCAACGGGGAGCAGCACAGCCGCCUGCGGCAGGAGAACCUGCAGCUGGUGCACAGAGCAAACGCACUCGAGGAGCAGCUGAAGGAGCAGGAGCUGAGGGCUGACCAGACCCUGCUGGAGGAGAUCAAGAAGCAGAGGGAGCUGCUCAGCAAAAUGGAGAGGGAGAAGAGCAUUGAGAUCGAGAACCUGCAGGCCAGGCUGCAGCAGCUGGAUGACGAGAACAGCGAGCUGAGGUCCUGUGUCCCCUGUCUGAGAGCCAACAUUGAGAGGCUUGAGGAGGAGAAGCAGAAGCUGCUGGAUGAGAUUGAGGACCUCACUGUGCAGCUCACAGAGGAGCAGGAGAAAAAGAGGAAGAUGGGGGACAAGCUGAGUCAGGAGAGGCACCAGUUCCAGAAGGAGAAGGAGUCGACGCAGGAGCUCAUCGAGGACCUCAGGAAGCAGCUGGAGCACCUGCAGCUCUUCAAGCUGGAGGCGGAGCAGCGCAGGGGCCGGAGCAGCAGCAUGGGGCUGCAGGAGUACAACAGCAGGACACGCGAGACUGAGCUGGAGCAGGAGAUCAAGCAGCUCAAGCAGGAUAACAGGAACCUGAAGGAGCAGAACGAUGAACUGAACGGGCAGAUCAUCAACCUGAGCAUCCAGGGAGCCAAGAACCUGUUCUCAGCCUCCUUCUCCGAGUCCCUGGCAGCAGAGAUCAGCUCUGUCUCCAGAGAUGAGCUCAUGGAAGCAAUCCAGAAGCAAGAGGAGAUCAACUUCCGCCUGCAGGAUUACAUCGACAGGAUCAUCGUGGCCAUCAUGGAGACCAACCCCUCCAUCCUGGAGGUCAAGUAACGCCGCCCGCGCUCGGCGGCGCAUUUGGUGCUCUGAGAGGAUGAAGAGGGACUCCAAACGUCUUUGCACUUGAUGAAGGCACAAGGAAGCCUCAGGUCGAGGGGUGACUGAGCCACGGACCAGGGAAGAGGAGAAGCAGCAGCCAGGCUUUGCUGUCUGACUGUUGUUUUGAAGCCCUUCUGGCUGCGGAGGGGCGAAAGGGAACCUGGAGAGGGAGCUCAGGAAGGGGACACUGCAGGAAGUGCCUGUGGCGCUGGGACUGUCCCCACAGGCACCGGGCCCCUCCCAGAGAUGCUCCGAACCGCGGGAGAUCGGGAUGGAGAUGGAAGGGACAGCGCUGACUUUGCCCUGCUGCCCUGCCCAGCCCCAGCAUCUGCUGUGCCAAAGUGUCCCUGACACGCUCGCUGGGCAGAGCUGGGAACGUGCGCAUCCCGGACUCGCACGGGGUUGGGGUUUGGUUUUGUUUUGGGGUUUUGUUUUUUUUUUAAUUAACUUAAUGCAAAUGUCCUCAUCCCGCCGGCUCAGCCCAUCCUUGCCCGUGCUCCUGCUGGGGCCGGCAGAGCCCUCAGUGGCUGCAGGGGCAGCCCGGGGCCGUUGGGGACAGGGCGUGAGCACUCUUGGUCACCUGCCUCCUUAUUUAUUUUUGCUGUCUGUGGCUCAGUACUGCCGGCUCUGUCGGCAUCCCGGCUCCGCUCCCUCCUCCUCCUGUCGGGCUGUGCCGCUGAGGUGGCUCCGGGAGAAGCUGUCCCUCGUCCCCAGCUGGGGACAGACACGCGGGCUCUGCCUGGCACCGGGGCGAGGCUGCCGCUCCUCACCCCGCACUGGAGGCCGGUCCUGGCAGCCUUUCCUCGUCCCGGCCUGGGACACGCAGCCCUUGGGGAGCCUCAGCGGAGGGGCCCGAGCUCCCCAGCUCACCUCCCGAGGUCCCUGCCUGGGGACAGUGGCCUGUGCCAUUCCCAGCCGGAGCAGGGCUCUGCUGGUGAUAGCUGCAGUCCUGGAGGGAGAGCCUGCUCCGCCUGCCCUCCCCUCUGUCCGCUGGGCUGGGGCCGGAGGGGCCGCACUCGUUCCUCGCCCCCGGCGCUGGCCCGGGCUGGAAUCUCCGGGCCGGUGGGAGCGGAGCCGGAGACAGCGGCAGCUCCCCGGGAAACAAAGCCAUGUUUACAUCAGACAGCGGCCGGGGCACCGCGGGAGGAGGCAGCCGCCGAAUCCCAGGGAUCGGCUUCAGCCAGCGGCUCCUCUUCCUGCUUGGCAGGUCUGGGGAAGGCAGAACGGCCUGGAAGCAGAAGCCACAGCGAUCCCGGGGGUCCCUGCUCCUCCCCGAGCCCCCUGCAGCCCCCGGGGUGACCCUGCCCGGGGACACACGGCCGCUGUCACCGCCUUAUCCCGGGGGACCCGGCCCAGCCCCGUCACCUCUGGGUGCUGAUCCCCCAGAGCCCCUGCGGGGUCGGGGUGACCCCAAACCCCGGGGCAGCUCCUGCACCCCAGCCCUCCCCACCCCUCCCUGCCCCCAGGCCGCGGGAAGAAGCCACGUAAUGUACAUUUCCAGAGAAGCUUUGGGUGUAAAUCAGUGUAUACUUGGAGAGGGAAAUUUUUUCUAUCUUGUAGAGUAGGUAUUUUUAUAGAAUGAAGGUUGAUCCAUUUUUUAAUACUUUAAAAGAAGAGAGAAAUGUAUCUGUGUAUACACAAAAGCAUAUAUAUAUAUAUGUAUAAAUAUAUAAAUAUUGGAGAUCUGCCUUUCUCGACUUGGGAUCCGGGAUCCCCGGGUCUCAAACAAUCGUUUGUUUUUUCCUGUCGCUCUCACAGAGGUACUGUAACUGUAAAUAAGCACUGGGGGAAAAAAAAAAAAAAGUUUUAAGCAAACAAAAAGCACUGACUUGCACAUUCACCAUGCUUUAAAGUCCCUAUGGAGAGAGAAAAAGAAAAACAAAAAACAAAAACUGUAUAUCCUGAAAAUAUUCCUCUUUCCCAACUGGUAUGUGAAGGAAGUCCCCCAAAAAGAGGCAAAAACGGUAUUGUCUUAACUGAUGUAUCAAUUCUUGUCGGAUUAAAAGCUGUUACUAUUCCUG